GUAUUCCAAAUCUAAAAUAUUACCCUUCAACGAUUCAAAAUAGUGUGACGAAUCCGAAAGGAUAAGGAAGAUAACAUACAAAGAAAAUGGCGAAAAGAUACAAGACAGUAGAUACAGAUAUAGAUAUGGAUGAAUCAAGAAUUCCAAUUGCUGAAGGUCACCAAAUACAGCAAGAGACAGACAGCAUGGACAUCAGAGAAACAACAAUUAUGUCUAUAGCCACCGAGGGUUUGCAAGAAACGAUCGAAGAGCCCUACGUGACAGAAACAACAUUCAUGUCUAAAGACACCGGGGAUUGUCAAGAAGAGAGCGACGGGAGCAGCCUGUCAGACACCGAUGAUUGUCAAGAAGAGAGCGACGGGGGCAGCCUGCCAGAAAAAACAAAAUUAAAGCCUGAAGCCACCGAUGGUUGUCAAGACAAGAGCGACAAGGGCAACAUAACAGCUACAGCUAAAACAACUGCACCCCUGAUAACAAGCAGUCCUACAGACGGAUUAAAAUGUUGUCCUGGUUGUACCAUUAAGGUAUCUGUUACGAGCAUUGAUGACAUUAACAAAGGAGACCAUAUUUGCUAUCGACCGAGUUGGUAUUCUCCUUAUAGACAUCAUGCAAUUGUAGAAAAUGUUAAUGUGGAUGAAGAGAAACUGGAUCUAAUUCAUUUUGCUCGCCGAGAUGGCAAUGUUAAUCGUUCCUUCUUCGGAAAGAAUUUCAAAAUACAGAAAACAGGUAAAAGGGUUGGAGAAAUGAACUGUUUGAAGGUGGUUAAGUACCCAUAUGGACGAUAUAGCCAAGAUGAAACAAUUGAUAAUGCUACAAAAGAAAUGAACAAAGGAGACGAGGUCACUUACAACAUUUGUACAUACAAUUGUGAGCACCUAUGCUAUAAAAGUACCGUUGGUAUAGAGAGUAGUAAACAAGUUCAGUCGUGUUUUCGCAUAUGUGGAUUAUCUGCCCAGUCCUUGAGUAUCAUUGUUGCAUGGCUAUUUCGAUAUUUCGCAAAGUUCAUAAUAAUACCGAUUAUUGAUAUCAAUCCUGUAAUUGCGGAGAGAAUUGCAAUAGCAUUAUUUACAUUUGUGAGCAUUUUACUACUUUUGUACUGUAUUCUUAAGUGUUCUCCUUGUUGCAAAAAUGAAAAUGAAGCGUGUAAAAACUGCUGUCCCAAACGAUGCAAUCUUUGCAUUAAACGACACAAUUAUGUUAGAUGGAUUCGCUUUUUAUCUUUUGUUGGUUUACAAUUGCCAUCCUUAUUUUUAGAAAUAUAUUUCAUAAGAAAAGGAAACCGUCAAGCUGCGGUACUUCUCACUGGACUAGCCUUCCUAUUUGUCACUUUGUGUACCAUCAGUCAAGUGCCCAAGGCAGUUCGCCUCUACCUUACCAAAGGCAAUUAUUUGGAUGGCAAAAAUGAUGAGGAUAAAGGACACUAAUGAGCAUCAAUCUGGAAUCAGCUUGUCAAUCAGCUUGUCAUUACUUUAUUUUAUUUUAUUUUAUUUACAUCUAUUACAUUUAAAUCCUGCAGUUGUAGUGACUUUUUAGGUAUAUACAUUCCUUUUGUGUACGGCCAUUGUAUGUAUGAUGUAUGUACUUAUACAAUUGAUAGAAAUCUUGCAAAGUAUGGUAUAUUUAUCUUUUAAAUAUUAUGCUGUACUGCUCUGUUACACUUUUUUGUUACACUUUGUUAUAUAUAUACAUACAUAUUUUUACGACAUGAAUGUACAUUCUAUUAAAAAAUAAUUGUUUUACAUAUAUAAAAACAACAAACAUAUUGCAUGUUGACAAUAUCAUUAUUGUCCCCAUGUUUUGAAAAUAACAUUUAGUGUUAGUUUGAUCAUGUUAAUCAGUCGUAUUAUUUCUUUUGUGAGGUGGCUUCUAAUAAGAGUGAUUGUUGUUGUUGUUGUUGUAGAUAGUAUCGGACAUACUAAUUAGUCAUCAACUUAAAUUUUAGUGCAACAUUAACAUGUUUAAGAUUAUCCUCGUUCGCUGUCAAGACUGAUAGAUCGGACGUCAAAAUAUUAUUCUAAAAGCUAGAAGAGUUUCACUUUGUUAUUUGAUUUAGGGAAACAAUAUAUGAGAAACUAUUUUGGAGGCACCAAAGCUAUCAUAUUUUUUCAACUACUUAUUUUGGAAGACAAAAAUGACAUUCUUAUUGUAUUUAAAGCUUUAAAAAGAGAAAUAAUUCAAAACACAUCAAACUAAAUAUUUUGUCAGCAUCGAAAACUUUUAUCAUCAGUAAGUACGUUACGUGUGGACAUCUAUAGUCCUUUUUAAGAUGCGGUCCAUUGCUAUGAAUAAUAGACCGGAAACAGUAUUUUCUCACGUAUAUAUUCACUCUACCAAAAUGAUACAAUGUUACAAUGUUUUCAGUCUUAUAAUUUUUAAGUAUUAUAUUCAUGUCUCUUUUACUGAGAGAAAUUAUAUAUUUGUACUUACAUGUAUUUUCAAUAUUUUCAAUCUUGUCAAACAUGACUUAUUAAUGAUCGCAUGUCUGAUUGAUGUAUCGUGUCUACUUGUAUAUAGGAACAAUAAUAAUUAUGUGUAUUUGACUAUUAAAACGACAAAUAAACAAACAAUCAAGUACCCAUGCUGUUACUUCUUAUCUCAUAAAAAUUGAGAAUUGUGAUAUC